AUGAAAAAUGCCAAUGAUGGGGAAAUACAUGUUUAUAAAAAUUUAUCUGCAGAAGAACUGCGACAACUAGAAAACCAAAUAAAAAUUCAAGAUGUUGAAGAGGAACGUAGAAGGAAUGAAGCUUUAAAGAGUUUAAAUAUUGAUGAUUUACAAGAAAAAUCCGUAACCAGUAGGAAGAAAAAGAAGAAAAAAACAGGCAAACAAUCACAACCAAAAAGUAAUAAUGCGGAAGCAAAACAAACUGAAGAAAAAACUCAAAACAGCAUUCACCCUCAUCGUCUACCACAACAUUUUUCCUAA